AUGUCCCGGACGUCGGCCAUGUCCCGGACGUCAUCCGGUUCUACCCCCUUCCCCGCCCUACCUGAACCCACCUCCCCGGAGCCCCCGGGAGUUUUUUCCCCAGGCCAGCAUGCCUCUGGCCGCCAGGGCGCCGGGAGGACAGCGGACCUGGACAGCUCAGGGGCUCCGGCCUGGGGGUCGGAGUGGCCCCGGCCGGCCCCUCCCCCGGCGAGGGGCCCCGCACCUGCCCCCUGCCCUGCAGAGGGGGAGCUGAGCCGCCUGCAGAGACAAUGCCGGGAACAGGUGAGCCAUGAAAAGAAGAUCUCGCAGAACCAAGCCCACAGGUUCCUGGAGCAGGCCCGGGAGAAGGGUCUUCGGAACCUCCUGGACCGCCGGCAGCCGCUGUACAAGGAGGUGGUCAAGGAGCAGCAGCAUCUGAAGAAGCUGGACCAACAGAUUGCCAAGUGGGAGACCCGAGUGUUGCUGCAGCUGAAGGAGCUCAGGGGCCCAGGUCUUGUCCUGAAGAGGAAGGCCCAGAACCUGCACAGGGUGAUGGUCUUGGAGAACCAGCUGAACCGGGCCAUCACACGCUUUGACACCCAGCUGGUGAGGAACAGAGUCCUCCGGGAAGAGCUGGGGCUGCUGCACAUCCAGAGAAAUCGCUUUCUGAACAUCAACCACCAGCUGAAGAAGGAGCUGAAUGACAUCCGGUCCGACAUCCAGUCCCACAUAGACAACUCCAAUUCGGCCUUCGACGCCAGGGAGGAAGCCAAGCUGAAGCUGAGCCAGCUGCAGGAGAAGCUGCACAAGGAUGUGAGCCAGUACAACGCGGAGCUGCAGGUGAUCCAGAGGCAGAUCUGCCACCUGGAGCAGCUGCACAAGUUCCUGGUGACCAAGAACCAGAGAAUUUUGGGACGCGAGGUGUUGGAGGGCGGGCGAAGCGCUGAGCGGGAGGUGGCCGAGGGCCUCCGCAAGACCUCGCAGGAGAAGGCCAUCAUCCAGUACGAGGAGGUGCUGGAGAAGCUGGCCGAGAUAACGGGCCAGGCCACGGCAGAGGACAUCUUCCACACGUACCUGGAAAAUGAAGAAAAAAACUUUGCCGAGUUCACCUUUAUCAACGAGCAGAACUCGGAGAUGGAGAAACUCAAGGAGGAUAUCCAGGAGAUCCAGGAUGCCGUGACUCAGUUGACCUUGGCCCAAGAAGAGGCUGACAAGGGGGUCCAGUACCAGCAGCUGCAAGAGCUGGAGCAGCAGAAGGCGGAUCUCUCUAAGGAAGCUGAGAUGGUGGAGACGAAGCACAAUAACCUGAAAAAGAUCCUAGAGCAGCUCAAGGAGGCAAUCCAGUCUCUGUUCUACAAGGCCAAGUGUGACGACUCUAAGCUCAAACAGCUGCUGGGCGGCAGCCACAUCGGGAACAAGAUCAUGGAGCUGCUCCUCAGCCUCAUCGAGCAGCGAGUCAUCGACCUGCUGGCCGCCCAGGCCUUCGACAGCUUCUCCAUGGAAUCCCCCACCUACAACCCCCAGGCCACGGCCCUCAGGCUUCUGGGCCAGACUGACGAGGUGGUCCCCAAGAAGCCCUCUCUCCCGCAGCCCCCUGCCAUGGAGGAUCCCGUGGGGCUGGAGCUGACGGGCGAUCGGCCCCUGAAUCCCGAGGAGCUGAAAAACCUGGUCCUCAAGAUGGUGCAGGAGCGGGAGCUGGCCAAGGACAUGUCUAUGAACAUGUCGUUCAGCAGGAAGGCAGAGAAGUCCAUUGUGUAAGCAGCCCAGGUCUCAGCCCCGCACCCAGCGGCCGACUCCCCUCCCGCCCCCUCCCCCCGCGGGACUCCGCGCGGGGCGGGGGCGCGGGUCUCCUGCUGGGUGGGCCUCUCCCCCCAAUGUCCGUCUCCCCCAUUCCUGCCAAAGCUCCCGGCGCAGCUAAGCCUGGGGGGGCCGGGCGGGGCAGGUCCAGUGACGCUGUGACCUCAGGGAAUAAAAGUGUCUUGCCCCCGGGGGGCCGAAAGGCUACUGUCCUCCAUGUGA